AAGAAAAAUCUUCUGGAAUGAAAACCCAGUUAGAAGCUGUUCACUGCGGAUGUUUUCCUCUGUGUCCGAAGGCUUUGGUGUAUCCUGAAAUAUUUCCAGCACAGUACCUGUACUCCACACCUGAGCAGCUGUGUAAACGUCUGCAGGAACUUUGCAGGAAGCCUGACCUCGCCCGCAGACAUGUCACCAAGGUCGACACCUCCUCCUUCUCCUGGACGCAUCUGAAGGAUCGUUUUAAGAUGCUGCUGCAGACGCAGGUCCCUGAAUGCACCGCAGGCCAGUGCUCUGAUGCUGAAGUCCAUUAGCUUUUCACAGUUUGGACGGAGCGUCUGCUGCGAUGACGUCCAGGAUGAGCGAAUCAAAGAACGGCUGGAGACGCUGGGUCUGGACCUGUAAACUCCUCCUGGAGAAGGACUUGCUUUUAUGUGUGUGGUCUGGGGUGGGGGGGUAUUUUACAUGUAAAGGAAGUCAUGUGGCCGCAGGCCGUACCGCCUCAUGACUCCUGGAUCCAACAGCAACUGAGCUGCAGCCAGACCCCACCUCAGCCGACAGGUCACGUGAUCAUUGUUACCAGGUGUGAACCUGAGAGUGACGUUGCAUCAGACAUCACAUCAUCACUAUGACGACACAACACGUCCUCAUCGUGUGAUCGUCCUUAUUAAAACUUUGGAGCAGAACCAAAUAUUCAGUAAAAAUUGUGAUUUCAAAUUAUAGAACAAGUAAAGUUUAAUCAUGAAAAAGCUAAUAAAUAAAUGUGAGUUAUUGUUUUCAAUAAAAAAUGUUUGUAAAAC